UAUUUUUAAUGUAUCUACGCCUGGUGUUAUAUUUUAUGUUUUUAUAAUCUAUGUUUUAAAUAUAAAUUAUUGUUUGAAAACAGAAAACCGUAAAUGUUACCACAUUGAUUUACAAACUAUCAUAUUUCACUUUAAGACAUUUUUAACUCUAAAAUAAAAUAUUUUUGGCAGACUUUUUAUUAAUACCUUUUAAAAAACAAAAUCAUUUAGUAUUUUGGCAGACUUUGAAACUAGUUGGAAGAAUAAAAUAAAUAGAAAAUAUAUUAAAGUCGCAAAUGCAAAUUACAAACAACGUUCAUCGAGUGAAGGAAGUGAAGUCAGUACUUACGCAGGCUGUUUCCGGAACGCUCGUGACGUUGUCAUGGUGAACAAUAGGCUCGCGGGACGCGGCUGUGUGAAGAAAGCGUUUAAAUGUGAACGAGUGCUGUUUAAGAGUUUAGCUGAAGAAGUGAUGAUGGUCUAACUGGUCCAGAUGUUGGGUCGUGGAGGAAGGAGCUCAGCUCUGGACAGGGCGAAAGCUCAUCUCUCUGGACAGAGGAUUUCUGCUAUAUCAAAGGACAAAAUAAAUGUGGGAAACUUUGGGACGGUGGUACCACAGUCCAAACAGGCUACGUUUUUGGACCUGAGUGACGUCUCUUCGACAUCACAGAGUAAAAACAGAGAUGAUCCUGCGCAGAAACCAUCAGAGAACUUCAGUCUGGGUGGUGGGAGUCGAUUUUUAAAGAAGACAUCUAGAGAUGCCGCAGGGGAUGGACGGUCGAGUCCUGGUGGAACCGACAAAUUUGAGUUUAUACCUCAGCGCAAUUCACACAGCGCGGCUUUAAGCAAACUCUCGCUUAUUGAGAACCGCAUCAGGAACCAAAAGGGUAAAGGGGAAGGACUCGGUAUCCAAACAGAACCACAAGAGACACGGCUAUCUCUCCAGUCCAGCAGCGAUCCGAGCAUGACAGGAAGUCGCUUUCUGAAAAUAAAUAAGACACUGUCUGAACCUCAAGAGCCCAUGAAGACUCCACAUAAAACACCGUUAGAGUCGAUCACCGCUGUCUCUGGUGUGAAUGAUCGUAAAGGAUGGAGAUUUAGUCCGGACAGUGAUGAACAAGACAUCCAAAGACUUUUAGGAGAUUCUUUCAGUUUAUCAGAGGACAUCAUGCAAAAACCAGCAAGUCCUGAACCAGUUAGUAAAUUUCACAGGAAGAGCAUUAAAACAUCUAUUCAACCUUCUCCAACUUCAAAACAUCCUCCAUCAUCACCUAAACCUCCACCCUCCAGCAGGCCGGACUCACGCAGGCUGAUGUUCACCGAUCGCUCAUUGUCUUCUGAAUCAGAUCACAGUGAGAUCAAAUCGCUGGAUGAUCUUUUUCCUGUGGCCGCCGCACUAGAUUCAGACGACACUGUUAGCGAGAGGAGUGCAGCGUCUGAUGAUUUUAAACUUCAUGUCAUGUCACUCGAUGAUCUGGCUCCUGUCCUCUCUGAGGUGGCUGAAAUCUCACAUGACAAGGUUGAAACGAAACUCAAAAACGAAGCGGUCAGUAAAUCAACUAAUAACAUCAUAAAAGUUCCUUCACCACCCACUCCAGAAGAGCUUUCAGCAGCCUACGAGAGUGAUUUCGAGAGCGAGACCCCGUCUGAAGAGCCAGCGAGCGUCAGCGAGGUCUCAGAACAUCUUACAGAAGACGACAGAGAUGUAUCCGAGGCCCAAAGCUCGUACAAAUCCCAGGAUGAAGAUGAUAAACUCACUUCACUAUCAGAAUCAUCUCGCUCAUCCAGACACCGUAGACAUUCAGACUCUUCAUCACAGUCCGGUUCUUCUAAUGCGACAGUGACUCGUGGUCUCAGUCCUGAGCGUCAGAUGAAGGACACCGCUGUACAGACGCAGACAGACGGACUGACGUACACGUGGUCCUCAGGAAUGGCUGCUGUAGGUCCAUCGCUGGGAAUGACAUAUGUGGAUCCGACUCCGAUAGCCAGUCACACAGUCAGCGCUGAAGCCAUCGAAAGUGUGACGUCCUACAGUCCUGCUAUGCUUGCUCUGAACGAUAUGUUACGCCAACAGUUGGCUCUCACCAGGGCUUUUAUAGACACCACAAGACGUCAUUACACGUCAGUGAUGGAGGCAUUGGGAACUGGCGACUACAAAUACACAACAUUAGAGGACACUAAAGAGUUCAUCCGUACUCACAGGCCACCUAAACUGAGCAUGGAAGAAGCUUUAGAGGAAGUCCUGCAGGAGAUGAGGGAUUAUCAUUACAUUUGACAUCGUGAAUGUACAGUUCAUACUAGAUUAUACACGGCCAAAACAUGAGAUGUGAUGCAGUAUUAUGUGUAUAAUAAAAUUGUAUUUUGUAUCUGUUGUGAAUGGCAAUAAGAGAAGCUUUUCGAAGCUUCGAAUCAAUUGCUUUUACAAAUUGAUUCAGUUUUUUUAAUCGUUCGAAACGCCACGCACGCUGACCAAACAUUUUACACUUUUCAAAUAAUAGCAAGACUUUUCUAAAAAAAUUUUUUAAGAAAAAUCAAUUAUUUAACUUAAGCCAUACUUAAAGUGUAUUGUGUUUUUAGUUUUAUUUAGGGCAAACAAAUCAUUAAAAAUGUAUUACCCUUUUAAUUAUGCACGUUUGUCAUUAAAUCUCUCUAUAAACAAAAAGUAGACAGAAGGAUGCAUGUUUUAUGAACUUGCAUAAUAAAACUGACCCGAGUUUAUCUAACCGUUUUCAAAACUGGUUAUUGGUGAUCAAUUCCCCCUAGUGGGGAAUCAUUGGAAUUUCGAAACCGUUAAGACGUAAUGAAGCCUCGUUUGCUAAAAUCAGUUUGAAACCAAUGAUUCAAAACAAAAGAUUUGUAAAUAUUUCGAAGCCUCGUGAA